UCAAAAUAUUCCAAAUCAAAUCAUGUUCAACGCAGCAUCCAUGCUGCAGGCGGACAGCCACUGCCAAAGAAGUUCCACAGGAUUCAGCUUUGGCAAUCGUGAGCGUGACAGAAAACUCGCUCAUCGCCAUGGCUUUAUUCCCAUGCCGCCAGAGAUUACUAGAAGCUGUGUGGUGGGUGUGAAGUAUCGUGAUGGAGUCAUCAUUGCCACCGACAGAAAGGCCACAGCCGCGGGCAUGGCUACCACAAAUUCCAUGAAGACCUUAUAUCGCUUGCAGGAUAACAUUUACAUUGGUUGUUACGGGGUCUGCGGGGAUCUGCACCAAGUCGCGCGUCUGGCUGCCGCCCAAAUGGAGCUGCACCGACUGCAAACGCACUCGUCCAAGGUGCCUGUCGUAUGUGCCAAUCAGUUUAUCAAGCAUCUACUGUAUCGCUUUCACGGCAAAAUUCAGGUAAAUCUGCUCGUCGGCGGGGUGGACAGUGGGGGGCCCAGUCUAUAUUUCAUCCACUUCGAUGGCACCUCGGAUAAGAUUCCGUUCGCAGCGAAUGGACCUGGACAGCUGGAGUUGGCUGCCAUGGCUGUGCUGGAGAAGGGCUGGCACGCCAAUCUCGCCGAGCAGCAGGCCGAGGCUCUGGCCAUCGAUGCGGUGAAAUCGGGCAUUAGAAACGAUUUGUUUUCCGACUCCCUCAUUCACGUCUGCGUCCUCCGCACCGAUUACUCGCUCAACCUGUACGACAAGAACCUCGCUGUGAAUCUUGUGCCCAAACAAGCCGUACGGAGAGAGACACUCACCUUGCCCAAAGUGCUGUUCGCCAUGGAUCAUCCAUUGCAACCCGUGGCCAAAGGCUUGCACUCCGCUUCGCAGGACGCCGAUAAGUUCAUGGCUAAGGGCUCUCGGACUGCACUUGCCCUAGAACGCCACAGGGCCAGGAAGAGUAAGGAAAGAAAUGAAACUGAUGGUUAGACAUGAUCUAGGAACAAUUGUUGUUAGUUUUGUUUUAAGGUUUUGUUCAGCAUGAUAACCCAAAACACUAAUUCAAUUCAAUAUAAAUUCAAUACAAUUACAAAUUAACUCCAAUUUCAUGUUUUUAUGGCAAUUAAUUACAUUUUGAUGUUAAGUCCAAAAGCCUCAUCAAUUCCUUCAGUUCUGAGAGUAAGCAUUCCCAAGUCAAUGUAUUCCCCCCUAAAAGCUUUUCCUGCAUUUAAACUCAGCUCGCGCUAGUGUCCAGUGCUGCCUCAACUGUAUGUCGCGCUGGCGCAUGUGCAACACAUUUCUUUUAUGCUUUUAAAAUUUAAAUAAAAUGUUAAAUCAAUAAAAAUAAUUAGCUCUAACUCUAAUUAGUUGCUUUUAGUAUCUAAAAUAUCUUUUUUUAGAUUUAAUAUAUAAUAAAAUAAAUCAAAUAUAAAUAUCAUUCAAUAUUUUGUUUUGUUUUUGCUCUUUAGGAUCUUUUAUUGAAUGAUGUUCGUUCAACAAACAUCCUUAACUAAUUUCUUGAAUAUUAUGUGGAACACAUAGUUGUUGUUGUCUAUGUUCCUGCUGGUGUUUUCUGUUGUUAUUGUGGUUGGUUUUUUACAGUUUGUUUGCCACGAUGCCCUGUUUGCUGUUUCGCUCAUCGAACUUUGAUUAACAUUCAAGCUGGGACACAAACAUGUACACACAUAUUUAUGUUGGCAAUACAUGCACGAUAUUGUUGGGUUAGUUGUCUUGGUUACAAUCGAUUUCGAUCACAUUUUGGAUCGUGUGGCUCAGUGGGUGGAAACGAUCGAUAAAUACGAGUAACAAUCGCACGGUGGCUGCUGCACCGUGGCAUAAAUAUUCUUUGUUUUCUUUUUUUGGGACAACAGCAAUUCGUUCGCUCACAAUGCAUGAAUAUUGUUGUUGUUGUGCUUGCUGUUGGGUUUUUCCUUUUGUUUUGUUUUCUUUUUAUGGUAUUGUGUUUGUUUAUUUGCGUCAUUUGUUGUAUUUUCACUUAUACUUAUUUAAUCAUAAAUAUAAAUUGUAAUAAUAAUAAUAAUAAAACGUUUGAUUUCCAUUUAACAGUUUUGUAUACAAACGUUAAAAAAAGUAAUAAACCUUUGUGCGAUUUCAAUGCCUGCGGGACAACGGAUGCUUCCAACAAGGAUCUUGAUUGUUGAUUGUGCUUUUUGUUUUAGAUGUGCUUAGAUGUCCAAACGAUUUACGACCUCUGCCCGUUCGACAUUGAAAUCUUACUCGUAGUAAUCAUAGUGAUAGAUAUAUAAUAGAACUUCAACAAUUGUGUUUCUUGUGCUUACAACUAAAGAUAAGUUUGCGUCUCAAUCAACAUAAUCCUCUUUCAUAUAUUUCUGUAUUCACUUUUGUUUUUUGUUUGGUUUGCUUGUAUUAUUUGUUGGGGGCUGUUUAUGUAUUCAUUUUCUCAAAUAUAUGAUUAAAUUUUUAUCAUUAUUCUCUGUUUAAAUCUUUCGUUUUUUCUUCUAUUUUUUUUUUGUGUUUUUUUAUAUGCUUGCUGCUUAGCUCUCGAAACUAAGUUAAAGAGAAACAAAUCUGCCAAAAA